AUGCUACGACUCCAACGUCACGUAGCACAGCUACGGAUUGUGGCAGGAGACAAUCUGGCACCGGUAUUGUCCAGGAUCCCUCAGAAUCCAGGAUAUCGGUUGCCUGAAUCCCUCCGGCAGGCAUCUUCUACAUCCAACGAUGGAAAACCUAUUCAGAAGUUACUGGUUGCAAACAGAGGUGAGAUUGCUAUUCGUGUGUUCCGUGCUUGCACAGAGAUGAGCAUUCGAACUGUGGCUAUUUAUUCAGAACAAGAUAUGAUGCAUAUGCACAGACAAAAAGCGGACGAGUCAUAUUUGAUAGGCAAAGGGUUGGCACCUGUAGCCGCUUACCUUAAUAUUCCAGAAAUAAUUAAUAUUGCCAAGGAAAACGAUGUUGAUGCUAUCCACCCGGGUUACGGUUUUUUGUCGGAGAGGUCUGAUUUUGCUCAGGCCUGUCUGGAUGCUGGCAUUAACUUCAUCGGUCCCAGCCCUAAGGUUGUUCAACAAAUGGGAGACAAGAUUGAAGCUCGACAAGCAGCAAUACAAGCAGGUGUAAAAGUUGUUCCAGGCACUGACAUGCCACUUAAAAGCUCGGAAGAAGCUGUUGAAUUCUGUAAAAAACAUGGUUUUCCUGUGAUCUUCAAGGCAGCCUAUGGUGGUGGUGGUCGUGGUAUGAGAGUUGUCAGAUCUAUGGAUGAAGUAAAAGAGAAUUUUGACCGAGCGUAUUCAGAAGCACUCUCUGCAUUUGGUGAUGGGUCUUUGUUUUUGGAAAAGUUCAUUGAAAAACCCCGACACAUUGAAGUCCAGAUAUUGGGUGAUAAACACGGCAAUGUUGUCCAUCUCUUUGAACGAGACUGUUCUGUCCAGCGACGACAUCAGAAAGUUGUCGAGAUUGCUCCAGCCCCACAACUUGAUCCUAGCAUUAGAGACGCAAUGGCAACCAGUGCAAUCCGCCUGGCCAGGCAUGUUGGCUAUGAGAAUGCUGGCACCGUGGAAUUUCUUUUGGAUGGUGAUGGACAGUUUUACUUCAUUGAGGUGAAUGCUCGAUUGCAGGUGGAACAUACUGUUACUGAAGAAGUCACCGGGGUUGACUUGGUGCAGUCCCAAAUUCGUGUUGCUGAAGGCAGAUCAUUGCCUGACAUGGGUCUUUCACAAGAUAAUAUAAAACUUAACGGCUAUUCUAUCCAGUGUCGGAUGACAACAGAAGAUCCAGCCAAGAACUUCCAACCUGAUACAGGCAGAAUUGAGGUGUUCCGGAGUGGAGAAGGCAUGGGAAUCCGUCUUGAUGGCGCUUCUGCUUUUGCAGGUGCCAUAAUCUCUCCAUACUAUGAUUCCUUGUUGGUGAAAGUUAUUGCUUCUGCCUGGGAUCAUCAGUCUGCAAGUGCCAAAAUGCUUCGAGCCCUCAUGGAGUUCCGGAUACGAGGUGUGAAGACCAACAUUCCAUUUUUGCUCAAUGUUCUUCAAAACGAACGCUUCCUGUCGGGAGUUCUGGACACCAAUUUCAUUGACGAACACCCAGAGUUGUUUCAAUUUGAGCCAUCCCAGAACCGAGCCCAGAAGCUCCUCCACUAUCUUGGUCAAGUGAUGGUCAAUGGACCACAGACUCCUCUGGCCACAAAUCUUGAACCUGCUGAUAUUGUACCAACUGUACCAGAGACACCAGUUGAUAAGAGCCGACCUGCUGGCUGGAGAACAGUCUUGCUGCAAGAAGGGCCUGAAGGUUUUGCCAAGAAGGUCCGUGCACACAAAGGCCUCUUGCUGAUGGACACAACGUUCCGAGAUGCUCAUCAGUCUCUGCUGGCCACCCGCGUGCGAACCAAGGACUUGCUUAACAUUUCACCGUUUGUCUCGCACAAUUUCAACAAUUUGUUCAGUCUGGAAUGCUGGGGAGGUGCCACAUUUGAUGUUGCCCUCAGGUUUCUCCAUGAAUGUCCCUGGGACAGGCUUCAAGAACUGCGUAAACUGGUCCCAAACAUUCCUUUCCAGAUGCUUCUUCGAGGAGCCAAUGCUGUUGGUUACACAAACUAUCCAGACAAUGUCGUCUUCAAGUUCUGUGAAAUGGCAGUUGCUCAUGGCAUGGAUAUAUUUAGGGUCUUUGAUUCCCUGAAUUACGUACCAAAUCUUGUUGUUGGAAUGGAUGCAGUAGGCAAUGCAGGUGGUGUGAUUGAAGCUGCUAUUUCAUACACUGGUGAUGUUGCCGACCCUACCAAAACAAAAUACGAUAUGAAUUACUACAUGAAUCUGGCCGAUGAAUUGGUCAAGGCUGGAACACACAUUCUUUCUAUCAAAGAUAUGGCUGGCCUUCUCCGUCCAAAGGCAGCUACAAUGCUGAUUGGCAAUCUGCGUGACAAGUACCCAGACUUACCUAUCCAUGUACAUACCCAUGACACAUCAGGCGCUGGUGUCGCAUCUAUGUUGGCUUGUGCAGAAGCUGGGGCUGAUGUUGUUGAUGUUGCUGUUGAUUCCAUGUCGGGGAUGACUUCUCAACCAAGCAUGGGUGCUGUUGUGGCCUCCUGGAACGAACACCUCUCCAAACAGAAAUUGACCUGGAUACUGUAUCAAAAUAUUCUGCCUAUUGGGAACAGACCCGGAAUUUGUACAGUCCAUUUGAGUGUUGCGAAUGCCCAACAAACAUUUUUCUCUUUCUUUUUUUUUCUCUUUCUUUUUUUUCUCUUUCUUUUUUUUCUCUUUCUUUUUUUUCUCUUUCUUUUUUUUCUUUCCUUUUUUCUCUUUCCUUUUUUCUCUUUCCUUUUUUCUCUUUCCUUUUUUCUCUCUUUCCUUUUUUCUCUCUUUCCUUUUUUCUCUCUUUCCUUUUUUCUCUCUUUCCUUUUUCUCUUUCCUUUUUUUCUCUUUCCUUUUUUCUCUUUCCUUUUUUCUCUUUCCUUUUUUCUCUUUUCUUUUUCUCUCUUUUUUUUUUUUCUCUUUCCUUUUUCUUUCUUUCUUUCUUUUUUCUUUCUUUUUUCUUUCUUUUUUCUUUUUUCUUUCUUUUUUCUUUCUUUUUUCUUUUUUCUUUUUCUUUUUUCUUUCUUUUUUCUUUUUCUUUCUUUUUUCUUUUUUCUUUUCUUUUUCUCUUUCUUUUUUUCUCUUUCUCUUUCUUUUUUUCUCUUUCUUUUCUCUCUCUAUCUCUCAUCAGAUUUAAAAACCAACUCAAUUCUUUUUCAAGCCUUCAGCCUUGGACUCGCGGACCAAUUUGAACGUGUAAAACAGAUGUAUGUCGUGGCCAACAAGUUACUUGGUGAUUUACCAAAGGUGACCCCUUCGUCAAAGGUUGUGGGUGACAUGGCACAGUUCAUGGUGCAGAACAAAUUAAAUGCGAAAGAUGUUGAGGAGCGAGCAGAAGAACUCUCCUUCCCUGUUUCUGUAGUAGAAUAUUUCCAAGGAUUGCUUGGUGAGCCACCAGGUGGAUAUCCUGAACCCCUAAGGACCAAGAUUCUGAAAGGAAUUCCCAAGAUAAAUGGCCGUCCUGGUGCCACAAUGGAACCAUUUGAUUUUGAUAAACUCCGGGAAGAACUGAAAGAGAAAUUUGGUUCCAAUAUUCAUGAAGCUGAUAUCAUGAGUGCUGCUCUCUAUCCCAAAGUGCUCACAGAUUACCUGGAGUUCCGUGCAAAAUAUGGACCAGUUGAGUGCCUAGCAACUAAGUUAUUCUUUGUUGGACCAAGAAUGGCUCAAGAAUGUGAGGUGGAGAUUGAGAGAGGAAAGACACUGCACAUCAAAACUUUGGCAGUUGGUGAUAUUGGUGAUGACGGACGAAGAGAAGUCUUCUUCGAACUUAAUGGACAGUUACGUUCUGUGAGAAUAAUGGAUGAGAAAGCAAUGAAGGAUCUCAAAAUUCAUCCGAAAGCUACCAGUGACCCUGGCUCGUUGGGUGCUCCCAUGCCUGGCACUGUUGUGAACAUUCGUGUAAAGAAUGGGGAUAAAGUCGAGAAAGGACAACCAGUGCUUGUUCUUAGUGCCAUGAAAAUGGAAAUGAUUGUCACAGCACCAGUUGCAGGAACUAUCAAGAAUAUCUCUGCUGAUGUCGGCAUGAAACUUGAAGGCGAUGAUUUGCUCAUGGAGAUUGAAUGA